CUCCCGGGCUGGGGAUAUAAGCCGGCGCCCGGCGAACUGUGCACUAACUGUGCGGACCAGACUCAGCUACCGCAACGGCCACGCAGCCCAACCAGGCAGAGCGGAGCCAAGACGAGCAGGCUCACUGGAAGGGAGUCGGCGCCUCCAUGGAGAACGAAUUCACGUACGAGGAUUAUCAGAACACUGCAGAAUGGCUUCUCUCUCACACCAUGCACCGACCUCAAGUGGCAAUAAUCUGUGGUUCUGGCUUAGGAGGUCUGACUGAUAAAUUAACUCAGGCCCAGUUCUUUGACUACAGUGAGAUACCCAACUUUCCCCGAAGCACAGUGCCAGGUCAUGUUGGUCGAUUAGUGUUUGGGUUCCUGAAUGGCAAGGCCUGUGUGAUGAUGCAAGGCAGGUUCCACAUGUAUGAAGGCUACCCCCUCUGGAAGGUGACAUUCCCUGUGAGGGUUUUCCGGCUUCUGGGUGUGGACACCUUGGUGGUCACCAAUGCAGCUGGAGGGCUUAACCCCAAGUUUGAGGUUGGCGAUAUCAUGCUAAUCCGUGAUCACAUCAACCUCCCUGGUUUCUGUGGUCAGAACCCUCUCAAAGGGCCUAAUGAUGAAAGGUUUGGAGUUCGUUUCCCUGCCAUGUCUGAUGCUUAUGACCGGAACAUGAGGGAGAAGGCUCUCAGUACCUGGAAACAAAUGGGGGAGAAGCGAGAGCUACAGGAAGGCACCUAUGUGAUGUUGGGGGGCCCCAACUUUGAGACUGUGGCAGAGUGUCGCCUGCUGCAGAAGUUGGGGGCGGACGCUGUUGGCAUGAGCACAGUACCAGAAGUUAUAGUUGCACGACACUGUGGACUUCGAGUCUUCGGCUUCUCACUUAUCACUAACAAGGUCAUCAUGGAUUAUGAAAACCUGGAGAAGGCUAAUCAUGAGGAAGUAUUAGAGGCUGGAAAACAAGCUGCACAGAAACUGGAACAGUUUGUCUCCAUUCUUAUGGCCAGCAUUCCACCCCCUGACAAGACCAGUUGACCAGCCCUGGAGUGGUCCAACCCCUAAUGAGAUCCAAGUAACUACCACCUACUUUGGCCCUUUGCUGGGUCUUGUGCCUCUACCCUUACAUAUUAGGAGAAAGGAAAGGAGAGAAAGAUACCUGUCCUUUACUUUCCCCACUUUCUCCCACCAGACCCUUUUGGUACCAGGUCCUCUUGCUCAAUUGUCUUCUCAAAGCAGUUUGUUUUCCCCUCCAUCCUCUGUAAGAGCCAGAGCCCAUGCUCUGUCACACCUAGGGAUAUAUCAUGGCUUGACGUAGGCCUUUGACUGUCACAUAAUAGCUGCUACUACUGCCUCACUAAAGCACUGGAGACCAAACAAGGACCAGCCCAGUACUUCCUAGAAUUUAUUUAAUACCAUAAUGUUUUGAGAAUAAAGAGAGAUGAAAUAAUUUCUUCACUUUUUGGUACAAUUUGGGAUGAGGCUGGGGCACAAGCCAACACUGGCAUGAAAAGCUGUGAGACCACAUAUCUUGUGUGACUCUGCUUCUCAGAUAAGUAACUGAGAAUGGGGACAAGGUGGUGUGUGAGCAGCAAAGGAUGAAGAAGAAAGCAAAGUGUUGAAAGAUGUUAUGAACUGAGGACGGGCUAACUUCUGGCACUUGAUGACCACUUCUUCAGACCAGUCUUUACCUCUGUCCUUUGUCUUCUGAUUGUUUCAUUCCUGUCUACCCUCCCUCAAGAAUAUCUGAAUUUAUUCACUGGCUUCUGUUCCUUAAGUUGCCACUUCCUUAUUAAAUAUCUUUUUUCAUGCAUUACUCCUCCCCUACUCUCUCAUUCUGCAGCCAUACUCUUCAUCACUCCAGUCUGACAAGGUAAUGGCGAGCAUCAUUUUGUCUGUUGCCAGUGUCCCCACUGCUAACUGGAUUCCUGCUAGUUUAGGCCAACCUGUGCAGUUAGUUCAUACCUAGCUUCUUUGAGCCACUCCUUUCCUCCUUCUGUUUGCUCUGUGGGCUGCAGUCCUUUCACUUUUGCUUAAUCAGAACUGCUCUGUGACACUGCAUUUAGGCAUUGCUCUUUAUUACACAAUUAUUUUUGCUUAUCAAUUUGCAUACAGCUGGCUGGCAUGAUCGAAACCACACUGCCCUCCCAGGCUUAUGUGCCUUUUAAGAAAGGACAGUGUUAGCUGGGCAUGGUGACAUGUGCCUGUAAUUCCAGCAACUCAGGAGGUUGAGGCAGGAGGAUCACAAAUUUGAGACCAGCAUCAACAAUUUAGUGAGACCUAUCUCAAUUUAAAAAAAGGACCAGGGGUGUGGUUCAGUGGUAAAGUGCCCCUGGGUUCAAUCCCCAGUACUAGGAAAGAAAAGACUGGAUGAUCUUCUAAUGAUAGUGAUGACAUUUCAGUUAGUGGUAUAAUAUAGAAGAGGUAUUUGGAAUAGGAAGCUUUGAAGAACUCUUUCAAAUAAUCCUUUGUUAGUAACUGACCAAUUUAGAUGAACCCAGCCUAAAGAAAAAGCAUCCUGGAGUGGCCCUGUCGCUGCUUUCCCUCUCAUCUUUGUACCUCCACUCACUACUGAAAUCUUCCCUGGACCUUUAAGGGAACUGCUAGUAUCUAUUAUUUGUUUCUGAGAGCUAGUUUAGAGGGAAGUACUGUGUAUCCUUUAGAUACAUACAUAACUGUUAACAUGUUCAUUUCAUGAGAUGGCUUAGAUUUUCUCUUUGUUAUUGAAUAUUUCUUUGUGUAGCACUUAGCUAACAUUAUGAAGCUGAAAAUAUAAAAAUGGUACUUCCUCUCAAGU